AUGCCGAAAAGGGAGCGAUCCGCGGCGCAGGCACGCGCUGAGGCCGUGUAUAGACGCGCCAAUCCGGAUGAUAGGGGCGAUCGGGGCCGUGACCGCAGGGCCGAGAAGGUCGAGUACAGACGCAGACUCAAGAACGCGAGAGCGGAGGCCGCCGCCCUCGCGGUGCCUGACGCUGCUCCUGCCGUCCCGAUUCCGUCUACCGUCCCGAUUCCGUCUACCGUCCCUCGGCCACGGGCCCUCGGCCAGCACGGCAGGGGCCACCUGCUCGUCGCGAGGCAGCCGAGCUUGGCACUUCCGCCGCCCCUCGCCGCUCUUCCACCUACAAUUGCUCCUCGCCUCGUCGCUCCGAUCCCGCCUUUGGCGCCGACCGCGAGCCGGUACGGCGGCCUCGCCCUGCGCGACAUCGCCUUUGGCAGCAGCCAGGGUCGCCUCGGCAAGGGCGGCCAAGGCACCGUUAGGCUUGGCCGCCACUACGGUGGUCGUCUCGCGGUGAAGCAGCCGCUGCGCGCGAGCAGCGCCUUCGCCUCCGAGUGUCAGAUCGCGGCAGCACUACACCAUGAGAACAUCAUCUAUGUGAUGGGCUUUGCAUGCGCCCCGCGCGAGACGCCGUUCCUCGCUCUCGACUAUGCCGACGCAGGGACUCUGGGAGAUUUGUUGAUCGGGGAUCAGAGGGGCGAGAGCCGCUCCCUCGGCGUGCAGAUUGCAAGAGCAAUGUCGUACCUGCACACGCGAUCUCCCCCCAUCGUGCACCUUGACCUCAAGCCAUCGAACGUGCUGCUGUCGGCGCGCUCUGAGGGGCUUGUCGCUAAGCUGUGUGACUUUGGGCAGGCGAGGCGACUAGCCGUUGGGGCGCAGCUCUCGCACUCAGGCACGCCGGGUUGGCGGGCGCCCGAGCAGUCGUGCCGCUUUCGCGUGGCACCGACGCCUGGUCGCUAG